GCGAUAUAAUUGUCAAGCUCAUGUCAAAAUUUAUCAAAACUUCAUCUCCAUUCCACAUUACCCGAUCCAAAUCAAAAACAGGAUACCAAUUGAAUUCAAACUAGAGAGAAAUCAUCUCAGACAAGAAAAGUAUCAUCAACUUCGCAUCAAACAAUAAAAGACCAAUUCAAUUGAUCAAAACAAUCAAUCAAACCAUACCUUGCAAUCUUUAGAAUUCAAUCACCAAUAGGAUCAAUUUUAUCAAUCUUAUCAUGUGCAACUUCAAUCAUUUUAGCAUCAACUUCAAUCUUAUCAUCACCAAGUCAAUUAAUAUAUCAAUUAGGGAUCUUCGGUUUAGGUGCAUAUGUAAUGAGAGGAGCAGGUUGUACAAUUAAUGAUCUUUGAGAUCAAGAAAUCGAUUCACAAGUUAAUAGAACUGAAAAUAGACCAUUACCUUCUGGUUCAAUUACUAUACCUAAAGCUAUCACUUCGCUUGCUUUACAACUUAGUGUUGGUUUAGGUGUUUUACUUCAACUUAAUCCUUAUAGUAUCCUUUUAGGUAGUUGUUCACUCUUUUUGGUCGUCAUUCAUCCUCUCAUGAAACGCAUCACUUAUAGGCCUUGAUUAGUAUUCGGAUUUGAAUUCAAUUGGGGUGCUUUACUUGGUUCAUCAGUAAUUUUAGGAGCCACGGAUUGAAAAGUAUCAUUACCACUUUAUUUUGGACAUGUCGCUUGGACCAUCAUUUAUGAUAUGAUUCAUGCACAUCAAGAUAAAGAAUUUGAUUUAAAAGUAGGAGUCAAAUCUACCGUGAUUUUAUCAUUCAAGUUAAAGGGAAACCGUGUUCGCCGGCAAAACCUGAUUAAACUCCCAAUUCCUACUACCAAUUUCCAGGUUUACACGUACAGCACAUUUAACCUGAUUUCCACGUGCCUCUCCCCUGAUUUGGUCCUCAUUCCUCUCAUCAAAUGAAUUCUUCCUCACCUACCAAUCUUCUCAUGAUCCUUCAACUUUCUAUACAUACCCGCCAGACCACUCAAUCCAAGUGGUCAUCUAUCAAUCCAUUCCAACAAAUUCAUCAAAAAAUUUAACAGAGCCAAUCAACUUCAAACUUAAACUCAAACUCCAAUGAAAUUCAUUCACUCUCAUUCAAUUUGGCAGAUUAUCAAAACCAACUUCAAAUCAAAUUCAAUAUACUUCACAAACAAUUUACAAAUCCUUGGUUGGAUUUGGUCAAUUUUAUAGAUUCAAUUAAACACUCUUCAAAACCUGCAAACAAAAAAAACCUACAAAUCUUGAUAAAGAACAACUUAUAGAGUAUGAAUCUGAUGACAUGUUCAAUUACGUACUGGAUCUCAACUUUUUCAGAAGUCAAUCGCUUUUUUAGAAGUUAAUGGUUUUUGCCGGACGUACUCGCUUUUGCCGGAUGAACUUGCUUGAAGCAUUUUUCCAGAUCCCCAACAGAAUCAGAUCAAUCUCAGUUAUCUGGUACCUAACAUCCAUCUCCUCUCAUUAACCCAAGAAUCAAUAAAUCAUUAAAAUUGAAACUCGCCACAAAGACGAGUCAAUGAAAAACAAGUUGCUUUCGAAGGUCAUCAAAGAGGCAAUAUGCUACCUCCACCUCCACCACCUGUUGCUGUCGGACGUGUGCCUCGGAGUCCUGGAAAAUUUUCAUCCACUGUCCAGAGGUCCAGAUUUGCCUCAAGCCCUUCGGUCACGAUCAUGAUGGAAAGUCCCUCCAACCGAUC